AUCGGGGGGGGCUUCCGCUUUGGGCAGGAGGAUCGUUGAAUCCCCCGCGCGGUCGCGUUUCAUCGCUUCGUCGCAUCCCUGCCAUUCCCCCUAUCUAUCUAUCACUCAAGUCGGGCUUUUCAAUCCAUCCUGCCUGCCUGGACGGCCUCGGUUACCUCCAACCAGACUCGUUUCCAACGAGAUAAGCCACGUCUCCCUCUCCCUUGCCGUCGCAUCAUCGCCGCCGCCAAUGGUGUGAUUUCCGUGGCCCAUCCAGGUUGGCGGAGGGUUUCCAGGGCCACUCGUGAGCUCAGAUAUGGUGCAGAUGGCGUGCAUCGGCUCCGAAGAGGGGGCCACUCGUCCUGCAGCUCAAGCUCAUACCCCUCCUCCCUUCCCCCUCCAUUGCGUGCCGCUUUAAAUACCGACAGGGUUGGUCGCCACCAGCCGUAGCUAUAAGUCCAUCUUCAACAACCCAAAUCGCAACCAUGGCAGCUGUGAAGGGACCUCAAAUUAUCCAACCCGGAUUUGUUUCUCCGAAUGGCCCUGGGCAUAGUUCCACGGAGCCCGUUGGAUUGCCGAUUGAUGAACCGGCUGUGGCACACAAAGCCAACGGGGACAGUCGUCCAGCGUUUCGGAUCGAAGAACAUCCAAUUGAUGAAGUCCGUCCGAUUAAAGUCGGUGUGAUAGGAGCUGGUCUGGCGGGAGUCACGGCAGGAGUCUUAUUUCCAGCGAAAUUGCCCGGUCUGGAUCUGCGGAUAUACGAGAAGAACGCCGGCGUGCGACCACGGGUGCUGACGAACAGGUUCGAAAAUAACUACCCAGGAGUGCGAUGCGAUAUCCCCGCGCAUGUCUAUCAGUCUGGAUUCUCUCCAAACACACAAUGGACAGAGGAGUUUGCGCAAGGAGCCGAGAUCCGGGAAUAUUGGCAAGGGUUGGCGCGCAAAUAUGAUGUGCACAAGUAUCUCCGUCUCCAACAGAAGGUCGAACAGGCCGUGUGGCUGCCUGAGACGGGAAAGUGGCGAGUUACCUUGCAGGAUCUGGGUGACUCACAAGAGAGAUACGAAGAAGAGCUUGACGUACUCAUCAAUGCCAUCGGCCAUUUCAACGCCUGGCAGCUUCCAGACUACCCCGGGAUUGACGAGUAUCAAGGCUCUCUGUUCCAUUCUUCUCACUGGAACCACGAUGUCGACCUCAAUGGCAAGCGCAUUGCGCUGAUCGGUAACGGGGCGUCUGGACUGCAGGUCCUGCCUUCGAUCCAACCAAUUGCCAAAUACGUGGACCAUUAUGCGCGAAACAAGACCUGGAUCGCAGACUCCUUUGGCACGAGCGGCGUGCGUCGACUGGAACCAAACCUCUUCUCCCCAGAGCAAGUCGAGUCCUUCCAGGACCCGGACGUCUAUCUAGCCUACCGCAAGAGCGUCGAGGCAGGAUACUUCUCGCGAUUCGGUGCCGUUUUCAAAGACUCCCCCGAAAACCGCAGUCUGCGUGACAAGUGGACCGAGUUGAUGAAGGCCAGAGUCAGCGACCAGCCCGACCUGGCGGACAAAAUCAUCCCGGACUUUCCUCCGAACUGUCGCCGGGCCACACCAGGCCCCGGCUACCUGGAAGCCCUGACCAAAGACAACGUCAACUACAUCCAAACCCCGAUCGAACGGUUUACCCCCACAGGCAUCGUCACCGUCGAUGGCAUUGAACGCCCCGUUGACAUCGUCAUCUGCUCCACCGGAGCGAACGUCGACCAUGCCCCUCCCUUCUCUAUCAUCUCUGAUGGAAUUGACCUCAAAAACGCCUGGAAACACGAUGGUCUGUACGGAUUCCCCUACAACUACCUCGGUGUCGCGACACCGGGCUUCCCCAACCUCCUCUGGAUCGGCGGACCCCACUCCACCGGGCACGGCGGCAGCGUGCCAAACAGCCUCGAAAAUCAAAUCACCUACAUCGCCAAGAUCCUGCGGAAGAUCCGCAGCCAGGGCAUCAAAGCCAUGGCGCCGUCGAAAGCGGCCGCGGACGACUUCGUCGACUACUGCGAUCAAUUCUAUCCGCGCACCGUCUGGACCGCCAACGAUGACUCAACGCCGGGCCAGGAGAACUGUCGGUCGUGGUAUAACGGUGGUCGGCCAGGUGGGAAAGUUCAUGGGUUGUUUCCCGGGAGUGCAGCGACUCUGAACUACCUGCGACGAGAUCCGCGAUGGGAAGAUUGGGAUUACACGCAUACCAAUCCCAGUGGGAAUCGAUUUGCGUAUUUUGGAAAUGGCUGGAGGAAGCGAGAGACGGAGAAAGAUGCGGAUCUCACCCCGCAUGUCAAGCGGCCGGAUACUAUUGAUUUGGAGACUUAUUUGGAGGGUUGGUGGGAUGUAUAG